ACCUAAGCGCCGGGCACAGUUUUCCCUAGCAACAAAGAAGAUAAUGAAGACUCCUGCCUGUAACAGCAACUCAAAGUAUUGGCUUCAGUUAGCAGGAAGUUACCUUUGGUAUAACGUCGGUUAAACUGCCUGAAAGAGAUGAACACACUUUCAUGUACAGCAGUGGAUUAUUUUGGGAUUUUCAGUUGGAAACAUUUAACAUAGAUAAGGUGGAAAAAUGGGAGGAGCAAUGAUAGCAAGGAGGAGGUCCUGACUCUCUGAAGUGCAGGCUUGGAGGAUUGUGAUUGGGGACAGAGAAAAAGAACAAAUCAUUAAAGAAGGGCACAAGGUCAUUAAAAAGGGGAGAAGACUUAACUGGCAAAGCCGGUCUGUUGGACAAUCAUAUGAUUAAAAUUGUGGCAAUAAAGGAGUGUACAGCAAGGGCACACAAGAAUUCAGUCUUUUGAAGAUAUCUGUCUUGCCUCUAGAAGUGGAGGGGAAGCCCUAGAAAGCCACCUGCACAGCACACUGCAGAAUACAACUGCAUACCUCACCUUUUGAGUAUCCCAGGGCAAAUGAUGUAGCAACUACACCUGUACCCUCUACUUGAACAAUCAAAGAAAUAUCUCCUUUAUUAUUCAGCUGGACCAUGGCGGAUCUUUGCAGUAUGCUCCCCCACUUCCUUUAUCCCUCUAGCAAUGUGACUAUGGAGCAAGCUUUGGAAAGUCAAAUAACACUGAACUGCACCGUGCAGCUACCUUUCAGUAACGACUGUGAUCUUGACCUGCACUGGAUGAAAGAUAAUCAGUUGUUAGACAAUAAAACCCAUGCUUCUUAUACUCAGUGGUUCAGUGACAAUGAAACGAAAAUAUUUAUCUCCAGUUCUUUAGCACUGAACAUGACUUCUGAUGAAAAUUAUGGAGUUUUUGCCUGUUUCAUUAGAAAUAGUUCUGCUCUUUUUACACUGAAAAAAACAGACGAGACUGCUGGGCACUUAGGCGCAGUGCUGGCCACAGUUUUUGCUGCAGCACUCCUGCUAUUUCUAGCUAUAAUGUAUGUGAAGUGUCGAUUGAAUGCUCUUCUCUGGUACAGGAAUCAUUAUGGAGAAGUAGAAAUCAAUGAUGGAAAAAUUUAUGACGCCUAUGUAUCUUACGCUGAUUCCGUGGAUGAUAGAAAAUUUGUGAAUUUCAUAGUGAAGCCACAGCUGGAGAAUCGCUAUGGUUACAAGCUCUUUUUAGAUGAGAAGGACAUUCUACCCAACUCAGAACCUUCUGCAGAUCUGAUUAUGAAUGUUAGCCGAUGUCGACGCCUUAUUGUGGUUCUUUCUUAUGCCUAUUUAGAACAGGAAUGGUGCAAUAAUUUCAGGGAAGGUCUUUGGAGACUGCUGGAACUGUCCCGGAAACCAAUCUUCAUUGUCUUUGAGAGCCAAUAUCGAGACAUAGCACAUCCAGCCAUUAAUUUGCUAAAGCAGCACAAGAGCAACGUGACCUUGUUGAUGUGGCAUGCUGGUUCCAUGGCAAUUUCAUCAGAUUUCUGGAAGGAACUGUGCCUCGCCUUGCCAAGGAAAGUAUCUUAUCAAGGCCUCAGGGGGGAUCCUCAAACCUAUCUCCAGGAAGACAAGGAUCCAAUGCUGAUUCUCCAUAGCAACUAUCCAGAAUUCCAGGGGGGCUCUCACCCUGAAGGAGACAUUGUAAUUCGAAGACCAAUUAUCACAGGUCUACCACCACCUGGUAGGAUUGAUCCUGAUGGUCCAUGUCUCGGAGCAAUAGAAGAGGUACAGCUUGAGGAAAACCAGAAGAAUGACAUAGACAUUUCUGACUUGGGAUCUCGCAACUAUGAUGCAAGGACAGACUUUUACUGCUUAGUGACAGAAGAUGAUAUAUAAGGCUUGCUAAGAUAUUCCUGUGAAAAUGAUAAUUUUUUACAAGCCUGGUAUUCCUUGGCAAGGACAAUUUGCUCAAUUAAUCUCUUUAAUCCAGAACUGUCCAUCAAGUACUACAGAACUCUGACCUGGUCUUAAUACUUUCCAAAAUGUCUUUCCCUAACCUAGGAUAAAGGAUAGCAGUGAAAGAAAUGUUCAGAUGACACAAAAAUAUGAAUAGACUUCAGGAGAUAGGAAUAAAACAGCAGAGGUUUGGCAUUCUUCUGUUGGGCACUGCAUUAAACAGGGAAAUUGAAUAAAGUGGCCUCUAAACCUCCUACAUGAUUCUAUAAGCAUUCACCAUUGGGAGAAUGCAAGGUUUUGGAGAACAUCUGGUUAACUUAUACACCAAUAGUGCCAUACAAUUUCAGAUGAUUAUCUUGCAUCAGGUUACAAUGCUGGGACUUAUCUAAGCAACAGGCUUGGCAAGCUUUUCAGUUACUGCUAGCAUCUCCAGGCAGGUGUUGAUAUGUGGGAAGUGAAGAUUAAUAGCUAAACAUUAUUAGUGUAAUUGGAAUUAUAAAGGGAAAUAACAACACUAAGGAGAUCUGGGACUCCUUCUUGCCAGAAAACUGCAAAAAAUGGCAGGUUUCUAAAUGAAAAAGAGCUUUGAUUUUCUUUGGAAGAAAAUAACAAAGCACUCACUUGUACUUUUUUCCAUGUAAAUUUGAAAAUGCACCUUAGUAUAUGCUAGCACCAAGGGAUGCAGACUUGCAUAUAAAUUUUUUAGGCUGAUAGAAUACUACUGCUAUUUAUUCUUUAUAUAAUGCUAUCUAAGUAGGUGAUGGCAUUCUUUAUUAGGAAUUUUGCAAAUUGCAAUUGAAACACCUCUAGAGGGUGCUAGAUUGAUUUUAUUGAUCUUUUCAAGCAUUCUUAGUCUUUGAUAGCCAAAACUUGGAAGAUGUUUGGUACCACCUUUUCAGAUGAACAUAUUGUAUAAAGGCAUUCUGUAAUCUUUCAUAAACUACAGGUCACAUGAGAUGCAGGCAGUGACUAAAGUGAUGUAGGAUUUAAAUUGGGAUGAAGCAAGGGGAAAGAGAGGGGAUAGCAGUGUGUUUAUGCAGAUGCAGAUUAUAUGUAAGAUUGAUUGCAGUACCUUAUAAAAACCAUUAUGUUUGUUGAGAUUUUCUAAGACAGCCUGAAAUAUUUCAGUACAGAAAUUGAAUUCAGAAAUCUCUUGCUCAAUUGCACUGGUAGACUUCUUUUUUUCCAAGGGGAAAAUAUGUAUAAUAGAGUAUCCAAGUUAGUUCUAGUAAUAGCAAGUAACUUAAAAGGGAAAAAAGGGAAAAAUAGAUGCCUAUUGAUAGCGGAAAGGGCACUUCCAUGGGAAACAGAGAAGGGAUGCAGAAAUGGGGCUGAGAAAGAAAGCCAAAAAAGAGAAAAAAAAUCUGAAUACAGAAGAUGGGCAAGUAUGAUGUCAAAAUGUGUAAAACAAAUGCCUCAUGGCAUAUCAAGAAUUCAAGCACAUUGGGACAGACUUCUCUUAGGAUCAUAAACAGUUGCUCAAGUUCCCCAAAUUUGAAAGUACCGAAAUUAGGACUAACUCUUCUAAGCAGUUGAGUAAGCAUAGAAUCUUGAGAGGCAAGUUGAAAUUGCCCAAGUUUCAUCCAAAUUAAACUCAGUGCAAAGUUAAUCUUGCACUGAUAUUACAGUGGUGGUGCUUGAGCUAAUGUUUCUUUGUUUUUAGAUCAUUGUAAUAAUGACAAUUCUUCUUCCUCAUUUUCUUGUUGGAGAAAGAAUGUCCAAUAUCCUAUACCAAUUUUUUUCAGACAAAUUUCUAUGUAUCAAGGGACCAAGAACCAUAGGAACAUUUCAAGAAGCCAAUCUUAGACUGUGCUUAAGUACUGGUUUAUGCAAUUCAAAAGGCAGCUGUCUGUGGAGUUUCUUACUCAUCCAGGUCAUAGUUGUCUCAAAGGUGCUUUUUCCCCCCUAAAAGGUAACUGGGCUAUUUUUCCUUGAGGAAGAAGAAGAAAACAUUUAACUUCUUGGAUGAGUACCAAAACCACCACCUCUUCCCUUCUUCCUCUUCCUCCUUCAAAAAACAGUCCAGUUGCCUGUUGGGAAAAAAAAGGCACAUUUGAGUCAAAAGGCAGCUAUUUUUACUUUAAAUACUGGAGUACAAAUAAAGUCUUGGGAUUUUAACCAGCUGCAGCCCAUUUCCUUCUAAUAUAGGCAGAUGUGAUUGAUAGCUUACCAGGCUUUGGUCUCAGAAUCAAAACUGAAGCCAUCUUUUUCAUGAAUAUCAAGAGAGCAAAGCUGAACUGGGAAAAAAUGGCAGCUUUUUCAAGCAAGGAUAGAAGUGACUUCUAGGACACAACUAAUGGGAAUCCUCGAAACUAUCUUGAGAGAGAAAGGGUUAAAAAAGAUUGCAAAUGAGAGCCUCUGUCUCUUUUUAUAUCAACAUGAUAUUUUCAAUAAAUGUUUGUAAAGAACAUCAUUA